AACUCCAAAUGAAACUGAUGAAAAAAUUUAAGUUUUUACAUGAAGGAACAGAACAGCAAGGAAGUCCAACACUCCUAAAUGAGAUCUAUACUGAGCUCUACAUCACAGAUGCUAAAGAAAUGAUUAAAGAAUGUGAGAUAAGACAGAUUGAAACAGCAGCUUUAAAAUUAGUGACAGAGGAUAGACCAAUCAACUGCAAUGACAUUUUCACACCGUUACCUGGACAAAACCAGCCCAUCAGAAUUGUGCUGACUAAAGGAUUCGCUGGCAUUGGAAAAACAGUCUCUGUGCAGAAGUUCAUUCUGGACUGGGCUGAAGGGAAAGCAAAUCAGGACAUCCCAUUCAUAUUUCCACUUCCUUUCAGAGAGCUCAAUUUGAUAAAUGACAAAAAGCUCAGUCUUUUAGAUCUUCUCCAAGUUUUUUUCCCUGAAAUAAAGGAAAUGGCCAUUUUCAGUGAUAAAUGUAAAGUGUUGUUUAUCUUUGAUGGUCUAGACGAGUGCCGUUUUCUCUUAGAUUUUCCCGCCAAUGAGAUUUUACUGGAUGCAACCAAAGAGACAUCAGUAGACGUGCUGCUAACAAACCUCAUUGUGGGGAAUCUGCUUCCCUCUGCUCUCAUCUGGAUCACCUCCAGACCAGCAUCAACUGAUCUCAUCCCCUCUGAGAUUGUCCAUCGAGUGACAGAGGUACGAGGCUUCAAUGACCCUCAGAAGGUCCAAUACUUCAGGAAGAGAAUCAGUGAUCAGAUCCUGGCUGAGAAAAUCAUCUCACACCUGAAGUCAUCGAGGAGCCUCUACAUCAUGUGUCACAUCCCAGUGUUCUGCUGGAUCUCAGCCACAGUUCUAGAAAAGAUGUUGAGUCAAGCAAAGAGUGGAGAGAUUCCCAAGACUCUCACUCAAAUGUUCACACACUUCCUAAUCAUUCAUAUAAAAAUCAAUCAUGAAAAAGACUAUGAAAAGAACAUAACAGAUGAAGACAUGAUCCUCAAACUGGCAAAACUGGCUUUUCAGCAGCUUGUGAAACGCAGUGCUAUCUUCUAUGAAGAGGAUCUGAAAGAAUCUGGCAUCGAUGUGACAGAAGCAUCAGUGUACUCAGGGUUGUGCACUCAGAUCUUCAGAGAGGAGUUUGGGUUGGAUUCAGGGAAAAUCUACUGCUUUGUUCACCUCAGCAUUCAGGAACAUCUGGCUGCUAUGUAUGUGCAUCACACCUUUACAACACAGAAAAUCAGUGUGUUACACCAAAUUACUGAACCAUCUCAUAAAGGAACAAAUACACAGAUUACAAUAUUUGACCUGCAUCAGAAAGCUGUUGAUGAGACCUUACAAAAUAAAAAUAGACACCUGGGCCUAUUUCUUCGCUUCCUUCUGGGCUUCUCGCUUUAUUCCAAUCAGACUCUUUUAAAAGUUCUUCUGUCACAGACAGAACCCAGGAGCCACAAUUUAGAGAAAACAGUCGAAUACAUCAAGAAGAAGAUACAGGAAUAUCCCAACCCAGAUAAAUUCAUCAGUCUGUUCCACUGCCUUAAUGAUCUGGGUGACAGUUCACUAAUGGAACAAAUUCAGCGUUAUCUCAAUCAAAGAGCUCUUACCACAGCCAAAUUAACCCCUUUACAGUGGUCAGCUGUCGUGUUUGUUCUUCUGACUUCAAAGAACUUGGAUGUCUUUGAAUUGAAGGCAUUUGCCUGGAAAACCAACUGUGCACGAACGGUGCAAGUUCUUCAGCAUCUUGUGCCUGUGGUUAAAGCAUCCAAAUCAGUUCGAGAACUGGAUCUGUCAUGUAAUGAACUAGGAGAUAGAGGAGUACAGUGUCUGUCUGAUGGACUAAAAAAUCCUCUUUGUAAAGUAGAGAAACUGAAGCUGAAGAAAUGUCAUGUAACAGAUGAAGGUUGUGCUGCUCUACAUUCAGCUCAGGCAUCAAACCCCUCAUACCUGAGAGAGCUGGAUCUGACUACAAAUAAUAUCUGUCUUUGUUGUGUCUGUAGGCUGAUGGAAUGUGGUCUCACAGAUAAAAGUUGUGCUGCUCUGGCUUCAGCGCUGAGAUCAAACCCCACACACCUGAAAGUGAUGGAUCUGUCUGAGAAUAAACUGGGAGACUCUGGAAUUAAGCUUCUUUCUAAAGGACCAAAGUGUCCUGCUAUUGGCCUUGAACAAUUAUGGCUGACUGGUUGUGGUAUCACUCACAAAGGUUGUGAUGCUCUGACUUUGGCUCUGACAUCAAACCUCUCAGAGCUGAAAGAGCUGAAUCUGUCUAACAAUCUCAUAGGAGACUCAGGGCUGAAGCUGCUGUCUGGUGCAUUGCGGAGUCCUCACUGUAAACUGCAGACACUCGGGUUGAAUGAUUGUGGUAUUACUGAUGAAGGUUGUGAUGCUCUGAUUUCUGUUCUGACAUUAAACCUGUCAGACUUGAAUAAGCUACAUCUGUCUGGGAAUGAAAUAGGAAAGUCGACAGAGGAUCGCCUCUUAGCUCUUAGGGAACAGCCAGAAAAUAAGCUGAAAAAAGUCAAGUUAAAUGACUGUGGUAUCACAUAUGAAGGUUGUGGAGCUCUGGCUUCUGCCCUGUCAUCAAACCUCUCACAUCUGAGAGAACUUGAUCUGUCUGGAAAUAAACUAGAAGGUUUAGGAGUGAUGUUGCUUUCCGCUGGACUCGAAAAUAAUUUGUCUGAACUUGGAACACUUAAGUUGAUUGGUUGUGGAAUAACAGAUGAAGGUUGUGGUCCUCUGGCUUCAGCUCUGGCAUCAAACACCUCACACCUGAGAGAACUGGAUCUGUCACAGAAUAGCCUAAAUGAUUUAGACAUGAUAAUGCUCUCUGCUGGACUGAUGAAUCCUUCAUGCAAACUGGAGAAAUUUAAGUUGUUGAGUUGUGGUUUAACAGAGGAAGGUUGUGCUGAACUGGCUUCAGCUCUGGGAUCAAACUCCUCACACCUAAGAGAGUUGGAUCUGUCUGAGAAUAACCUAAGUUACUUCGAUAUGAUGCUGCUUUCUGCUGUAAUGGAAAAUCCUUGCUGGAAACUGGAAGUGUUGAAAUUGGUGAGUUGUAGUAUCACAGAUGAAGGUUGUGCUGCUCUGGCUUCAGCUCUCCGAUCAAACCCCUCACACCUGAGAGAGCUAGAUCUGUCUGGGAAUAAUCUAAGUCACUUCGAUAUGAUGCUGCUCUCUGCUGUAAUGGAAAGUGCUUACUGGAAACUGGAAACAUUGAAAUUUAAAGAUUGUGGUAUCACAGAGGAAGGUUUUGCAGCUCUAGCCUCAGCGCUGAGAUCAAACCCCUCACACCUGAUAGAGCUGGAUCUGUCUGGAAAUAAAGUAGGAGACUUUGGAGUACAUAUGCUCUCCACUGCAUUGGAGAUCCCUUACUCUAAACUUGAAACACUCAAGUUAGUGAGUUGUGAUAUUACAGAUAACAGCUGUGUUGCACUGGUAUCAGCUCUGAGAUCCAGCUCCUCACACUUUAGAAACCUGGAUCUGUCUGGGAAUAAACUUGGACAUUUAGGAAUAAAGCUACUCUCCGAUGCACUGGAGAAUCCUUGCUUUAAACUGGAGACACUGAAAUUGAAUGACUGUGAUCUCACAGAUGAAGAUUGUUUUUCGCUGGCCUCUCCUCUGACAUUAAACUUCUCAAACUUGAGAGAGCUGGAUCUGUCUGAUAAUAAACUAGGAGAUUCUGGAGUUAAGUUUUUUUUUGCUGGACCAAAGAGUCAUCUAUCUAAACUUGCAACAUUUAAGUUGGUGAAUUGUGGUAUCACAGAUGAAGGUUGUGCUUCUCUGGCUUCAGCUCUGAGAUCAAACCCCUCAGACUUGAGAGAGCUAGAUCUGUCUGGCAAUAAAGUAGAAGAUUCAGGAGUACAGAUGCUCUCUAGUGGACUGGAGAAUUAUUACUGCCAACUGGAAACACUGAGGCUGGUGAGUUGUGGCAUCACAGAUGAAGGUUGUGCGGCUCUUUCUUCAGCUUUGACAUCAAACCCCACACACCUGAGACAGCUGGAUCUGUCUAAAAAUAAACUGUCAGACUCAGGAAUGAACCUGCUCUCUACUGGACUGGGCAAUCCGCAUUGUAAACUGGAGAUGCUUGGGCUGCAUGAUUGUGGUGUUACAGAUGAAGGUUGUGCUGCUCUGGCUUCAGCUCUCCGAUCAAACCCCUCACACCUGAGAGAGCUGGAUCUGUCUGAUAAUAAACUAGGAGAUUUAGGAGUGAAUCUUCUAAGUACUGGACUGGAGGACUGUAAACUGGAGAUACUUAAGUUGAAACAUUGUGGUUUCACAUAUGAAGGAUGUUCUGCUCUGGCUGCUCUUCUUGGAUCAGAUAAAUCAUAUCUGAAAUAUGUGGAUCUGUCUUUUAAUAAACUUGAGGAUCUAGGAGUGCAGCUGCUUUUUGCUGUGUUUUACUAAGCAUUUUUUAUGUGAAGUGGAAAUAUUCAGGUAAGAUCUUGUCAUCCAGACUGAAACUACAAUAAGGCAUAUUGGCUGUUUACUUAUUUUCUAACUUUAUUCAGUUCAGUGGUUAUAUGUGGACCACAUUAGCAGAUUUGUGUAACUUGAAAUAAAUGCCCUGAAUAAAUGUCUCUUUGGUUUUUACUUGACGACUUCUUAUUCCCCAGAUAUUAAAUGAUGAUUUGGCCAUAAAGACUGCAGUGUCUCUAACUUUGUUUCUUUUCAAUUUUAGUCAUAUGAUGUUUUGAUGCCCCUACUGGAGUCACAGGGAAGACUGUUCAGAGGACACAAUGGACUAAAUGUAAAUCAUUUACCAGCAGAGGGCAACAUACAUUUCAUAAAGGCAAAUAGUUAUAGUGAUUCGAGAAUCAUCUGAGUAGUUAUAUAUCUUUACCAGUGGUGAGGCAAUAAAUCUGCAAAUGAGUGGACCUGGCUAAAAUAGGUUGGACCUCUAUUCUGUGUACAGCUAUAUGUCGUCAACAUCUCUAAAAGUUUGGCUUUUUAAACACGACUUUUAAUUUUUAAAGCAAUUUUUUGCUCUUUCUCCUUUUUUGUACACCUUUGCUCACUAUGUUCUAUAUGUUCACAAUUUAUUCAUUCAUUCAUUCAUUUAGUAAAUAUGAUUUUGGCUCAUUGUGGAGCUUAAAUGUUGUAUUUCACAUUGAUUCCUUUGUUAUGGGUCUGUUUGUUUUUGGGAAUCAAACACACCUGACUGUUUUUAACCACUUGGCUCAAUUAAGCAGCAGAAAUAAAGAAAUAAAGUUAAGUUCUCUGUAAUCAAGCUAUACAAGGCAACACAAUGUCUCUGAAAAUACAUUACCUGUAUAUAACAGCGGUUAAUACAUUAUUUUAAAUGACUGAUCCAGACAUUUAUCCAUUAACGUGUCAUUAUUCAGUGUCAU